UAUUGUCAAAAGCAUCCUAAAACCAGAUGAGAUGAUAAGAGUCCGAGGAUCAUUUCUGGGACCUGUAAUGAAGCUCAGUGAGAGAGGAUUGAAGUUAUCAGCAAAGAUAGUCUACGCCAUUCUCACUAGAAGCAUCGUUUCUGUCAAGGAGAAUGAAGCCUGGUUCCAUUUCGGUGCGCAGCCAAUGAGGUUCUCUAUAAGAGAAUUUCAUAUGAUGACAGGCUUGAAAUGUAGUGGUGCAUUAGAAGGACCACGAAGGGAAACCGAGAGAUUUAAUUGGGAAUUGCUAAAGGGGCGUAGUCAUAAGUUAAGUGACGUGGUGGACCAGCUCAGAAACACAAGAGAAGAUGCUUCUGAGGAGAGAGUAUGCCUCGCAAUGCUCAUCCUGGUAGAGAGCAUAUUAUUGCGGAAGAGCAAAGGAGGGAGUUUUCCUUUGGAAUAUGCGAAAAAUGCACAGGAUAUGACAUAUCCAUGGGGAAAAGAGGCUUACAUUGUGCUCCUGAAGUCAAUUCAAAACGCUGUCGCGAAUCAUUUGGAGAAUAAAUCCAAAUUUGAGUUGCAAGGUUAUCCUCUAGUAUUCCUUCUUUGGAUACUAGAGUCGAUUCCUUUGCUAAGGAAUAAGUUCAGUAAGUGUGUACCAACAGUUGAGGUUCCUGGGCCGACUUACUUGUGUGAAAAAUACACUGAGAUAGAGAAUCCAUCACUUGAUAGGGUUUUACAGGUUGAAGCUGAUACAAAGCUGAAGGUCCAUUGCAUACUACCUUCUAUUCCUCAUGAUCCAGAAGAUGAUAUCUCCAUUGAAGACAAAUAUAGUGACGAGUUGGAAACAGUGAAAGAUGUAACAAAGAAAGGGUACAAGAUUACAGCCGAUGACUGGGAAAAUAGGUGUGUAGACACAUUUGACACAUUGGAUGCUCUUAUUCAAAUGAUGGCAAAUAAGGAGACUGGCCAAGCUUCUACUCCGAUUGAUGAGGAUUCAGUAAAUGAAAAAGUGAACAGGAUCAUCACGGUAAUGGAGGAGAAUCUGAAGAGCAUGAAGGAUCGAAUGUCAUUACUGGAAGAAGAAAACAUACAUCUUAGAGCUCGUGUGUCAGAGUUGGAAGGAAACAGCAAUGUUUUUCCCACUAACGUGACACAAAAGCGAUCCAGUGGGACACCUUUAUCUCCAAUGUCUCACACGCAACCAUCCAGUGGGACACCUUUAUCUCCAAUGUCUCACACGCAACCAUCGAGUGAGACACCUUUAUCUCCAAUGUCUCAACAGCCUAAUUUGACACAUGAGGAGACAAUGAUUGAAUCAGCUGCAUCUCCAAAGUCUCAACAAAAUGAGGAUUACACGCAAUCAUCGAGUGAGACGCCUUUAUCUCCAAUGUCUCAACAGCCUAAUUUGACAAAUGAGGACACAAUGAAUGAAUCAGAUGAUGAAACUCCUGCCCUUGAUACUCAAGUAUUCUCUCCUAAUCUGACAAAAGAGAGGGAAACACAAACCUCUACUGAUGAAACGCCACCCAAAACUAAUCAAGGAGAAGGAAAACCAGAUGAUGAGAUUGUGAUUGAGUCACCUGCUGCUCAGACUCAAGUUUUGCAAAAAGAAACACUGGAAAUGAAUGAGACACCUUCUUCUCCAAUAUCUCCAAAGAGUAUUGAGGCUCAAGUUUUUACUCCAAUUCAGAAACAGCAGACGGUAACAGAGGAAACGUAUGAGGCUACACAGCCAUUGACUGAGAUCAUUUCAGCAAACAAUAAAAAGGAGGAUACACAUGCUGUGCAUUACAGACCUUCCUCUCCAUUGUCUUCACUAAUUGCACUAGUUAUUGAAGAAAAUAAGAAUGCUUUGAGUGAGACAGAAACUGCGACCCAAUAUUUUUCUACAAGUGAAGGAGAGCAUUCACAAUCAAGCAGAAAGAAUCAAGCAGAAGAAUAUCUCAAGGAUACUACAGAACCUACUACUGAGCUAGUUUCCACAGAUGUUUCGAAGACACAGCCUCUUACUCCGCAAACACAGCACCUUCAGACAAGUGAGGGAGAUCAAUCCGAUGAGACACCAUCAGAGCAGAAUCAAGCAGAAGAAAAUCUCAAGGAUACUACAGAACCUACUACUGAGCUAGUUUCCACAUAUGUUUCGAAGAUGCCGCCUAUUACUCAGCAAACAGAGCAUCUUCAGACAAGUGCUAUAGAUUUUUCAGAAACAAACGAGGUUGAAGUAAGCAGGCUUCUAGCUCACUUUCAAAUAGGCGCAGAGGUUGAGAUUUUGUCUACUGAUGACGAAAUAUGGUAUCCAGGAAAGGUUGUUGAUCUUAAACUGUGUGAAGGACUAGAGGAGCUGACAGUUGAGUACACGACACUCUUCACAGACCAACAUAGACUUCAGAAACUUCAGGAUACUAUCACGGCUGACAAAAUACGUCCUGCAACACCAACUAGUGACCAAAAAUCCUUUGAGAUGAUGGAUAAGGUAGAAGCCUUCUACAACAAUGGCUGGAGCAGCGGACAAAUUAGCAUGGUACUUGGUGAUAACACAUACUCGGUGUGUCUCUAUACUUCUAUGGAAACUAUUCUAUUCAAACAUUCAGAUUUGCGAAUUCAUAGAGAAUGGAAAGAUGGAGUCUGGAAGAUGGCAGAUAAGGUGAAGCCUGAUAAGAAAAGGAAAGCUGCUGCCUCAUCACAAAAUUCAGGAAUGGAUAAUGUUUUCCUAAGAAGGAGCGAGAGGGUGCCUAAACGAUCUAGAGACACAAAAACUCCAUUCAAGUCUGACAGAAAUCCGGCUUUAACUGUAAUACCUGAGAUUAUACCUGCAGUUGAUCCGUUUUCAACUCCUGCGGAACAUAAGCUUUCAAGGCUUCAAAAUUGGAUGACAUUAAAGCCCGGCAUGCAUGAAACGUCCCUAUCAAUCAAUGAUAAUAAGAUAAGGAAAUCUUUCUUUCAAAGCAUGGAAAAUGCAAAAAAGGACCUUAAGAAAGAGCACAUUGAUGGAGCCUUUGCAAUGCUAAAUUGCAGAAGAAAUGAGAAUGCUGCUUGGUUCCACAACUACAAGAUUCCAAAGGCGUGCUUCCUACCUAUGGAGUUCUUGCAUUGCUUGCUCUCUGAUGAUUUGGCUUACAAGAAAGAAAAGGUCAAAGGUAAAAAGAUUUUCAACGAUUUAUUUAAAGAUACUGUGAGAGGGAAGGUAUAUCCAGAGAAGACAUGGGGAGAAGAUGUUGAUGUUGUGUAUGGGAUUACUCUUGGAAAAAAAAGCAAUGUCUGGAUUGGGAUGGAAAUUCAUUUGAAGAAGAAAAGAAUCACAGUAUAUGAUUGUUUUCAAAAGGAAAGCAACAGCAUUGAUAUUCCUCAAGUGAAAAAGUUGGCAGUGUUGAUUUCUAAUCUGCUGGUGGAAUCUUCUGGUGAUGAGGUAGAUAAGGUGAAGAUGAUUCCAUUUGAGAUUGAGCAGGCACAAGGUUUACCCAAGACAAAACAUCCUUUCAACUGUGGGAUAUUUCUUGUCAAGAUUCUGGAGUGCCAGUCAUUGAAGAUAGGAGACAUGACAAAGAUUAAUGAUGACAAUGCAUUGGAGCUAAGGAGAACCUUGUCUUGUGAGAUCUUCAACCAAUUUGUGGAUGAGAGCUUUGGGAAAUGAGAAUGAUGCAUGAAAACAUUUUUUGUUUUAGUUAAGACUCGGUUUUAGUUAUGACUGUUUAUUUUGUUAUGUUGUUGGCGUCUGGUUACAUAAGAAAGAUUGGAAGGAUAUCAAGUAUUUUAUUUGGGUAUCA